CUGGGUGUUCUGCAAAGCGGUGGUACACCUUGGCUGAGACUGGCAGUGAAUGCACCAUGGACCCCACAUUCCUGCUGGCCUUUCCUUUGCUCUUGGCUCUAUCAACACCUUGUAAUGCUUGUGUUUGUAAAUUACUGCACCCCCAGAGUAUUUACUGCCUGACGGAUGUGGUCAUAAUUGUUGAUAUAUUGGGACCAGGACAAAUCUCUGGAGCUAGACGAACUUUCCAAGUCAACGUCACUAAGGUGCUGAAGGCUCCCAAGGGGACCCGUGAAAUCCAUUAUAUCUACACACCCCGCAGAGUGGAGAACUGUGGUUACACAGUGGUGAAUUCUCACCAGUCAGAAUUACUUAUUGCAGGUUAUCUGGUCGUGGGGAAAGUGUACUUCACAAAAUGCCAUCUGUUUUAUUUCUGGAAUCAACUUACAAUACAUCAGCAAUUGGGUUUCCAGUCAGUGUACGAUGCAGGAUGCAACUGUCAAAUUCUACCCUGCUAUCUCUGCUGGCGCAUCUGUCCUGAACCUGACGUCACAGACUGUUUGUGGAAACAAACAGAAUGUGACUAUAGUAUAUGGAGAGGAGACGAGUCCCUGUUUUCCACGUGUGUUCCCUCUACAUCUGGUCGGUGUGAGUGGAACAGAAUUUCACUCCACCUCUCAAAUACAACGACUUCUCCAAACUCUUCACUUACAACAACUCUUCCCAGCUCUUCACUUACGCCUUUACCAUAGGUUUUUAAUAUUCUCUUGCAUGAGCUGGGUGAUGUUGACAGACGGGGUUCAUUUCGUAAGCAGUCAUUGAGUUGUAUGCUAAAAUUUGGUUACUCUAAGUGCCCGUCAACCAAUAAAUGGAAAACAAAAUGUAGUAUAUAUACACUAUGGAAGGCUACUCAGCCAUAAAAAGGAAUGAAAUAAUGUCUCUUGUAGCAACUUGGAUGGAGCUGGAGGUUAUUAUUCUACAUGAAGUAACUCAGGAAUGAAAAACCAACUAUUGUAUGUUCUCACUUAUAACUGGGGACUGAAUUAUGAGAACUCAAGGGUAUAAGAGUGAUCUAAUGAACUUUGGGGACUUUGAAGGAAAGAUUGGGAGGGGACUGAGGGAUAAGAGACUAUAUAUGGGUACAGUGUACACCCAUAUAUAGCUCGGGUGACAGGUGCACUAAAAUCUUAGAAAUCACCACCAAAGAUUAUAUCUAUAACCAAAAACUACCUGUACUCCAAAAACUAUUGAAAUAAAUUAAAUAAUAAAAUUGUGGUUACUUUCUGCAAGUAGUUUAUACAUCAACAAAAUUUACAAAGUAAAUCCAAGGCCAACAAAUGCCACCCUACUGACAAAUCCUCUGGAUCCUCUGAAUUCUUCAUUCACUUUUUGUCUCUCAUUCAUUUGGUAACUGCAUACCUGACAUUACUCUUUUUCAUGCCAAAGUUUCUUCCAUCUCCUCAUGCUACAAAAAGCAAAAGCUCUGGGCAUAGACCAAAGGAUAGAUCUAGAAAAACUAGAGUCACGAUCGAUUUGACAUGUCCUGAACCUUCCCUAGAUGAUUAGCUGAAUCAGUCAUCAUUGAAUGAGGGAGAAAGAAUAGUCCUUAUUCCCACAGAGUCAAGACUCUUCUGCAGAUAUGAAAGAAAAAACCCAACAGAAUAACAGCCUGUGAAUAGAAAACAAAACUUUUAAUUUUUAUACGAGCACAAAGGACAGCAUUUCUAGGACUGGAUACAAAAGGCAAGGAUGAAUAAAAAUAUUCAUAAAUGUGACUACUCUAAAAUAAAAUAUGUUUCAAAAAAGAAAACCAUGAAAAAUACUAUGAAACUAUAAGAGGCAGACACACAAAUCAGAAUUUUAGAGGAUUUGUAACUUUAUAAUACAGUCUGAACAAUGAAUGUUUUGAGGAAUUGAUUGAAAUUUUCCUUUGAGCAAAAUUUGUCCACUUAAUUUUUUUUCAGACUUCUUCCAGAAACAGUAUAUUUUCUCUUUAUUUGGCCUAUUGGGAAAAAAAUAUUUUUUAUGUUUUAAAAUGUUUUUCUAGCAUGUGGUAAUUUUAGAUUUACAAUAAAAGUGCCAAGGUGAUUACAUAGAAGUUCUGAAUACCCUU